CCUCCUCGUGGUGCGCCCUGGGCUGUCUGCUCUCAGCAGCAGGCAGGCGAAGAGUCUGGCAACUCUUUCUUAUUCAUCACAUCAUAUUCGUUCUAUUCACGACUACUUGUCAACAUUGUGGUAUCCAUGAUGGGGAACAAACAAACAAACAAACGACUCCUCCUCUUCCUGAGACUUCCAUGGCUAAAUGGUGAUGUCUUUCAUGAUGAAGAAGACGCAGCUCUUAUUGUUCUUGCUCUUGAGUCCAAAGUCUUGUCUUGUCUUGGCAAGUGUGCCACCAAAUUGAAACAUUUACAUUCAUCAAUAGCAUCUUCAGCCUUGUUCAGCCGUUUUUUUCUUAAAGUCAUUGAAUGGGCCCCUCCAUUUCAACAAUUCCAUCGCAACAUGCAUCUUCAGCCAUUGACCAUUUCUGAAUUAGUCCAAUUACCUGAAAACAUGAGCAUUCUUGUUGGCGAAAAAUAUUACAGAAAUUAUCAACGUGUCUGUAAGGUUUUCCACAUUGCUUUGCCGUGGCUCUUAUCAUUAUAUUCUUUGAUCAAGUACCAAGAAGUAUCAUACCAUCUCGACGGAUGCCUACCAUUGCCAGGGCGCGACUCUUCAGAUCAUACAGACCAUAGCACCAUCAAGUUUGUUCAUCGGGCUUACUCAUCUAACCAAGUUUCAUAGCUCCAUACGAGAGACUGAAUGUUCCUUCAAUGACCGAGACUCAUAGUUACCCUUGGGAUUGGAGCUUUGGAGAGAGUCCCUAUAUUAACACCUUGCGUGCGAUAAAUGAAACUGGUCUGUACUUGCUGCUUUGUAUGAGGUUGAAG